CGCCAUCAUCUUCAUCUAUGGCUGUGCCAUUGGAUUCUAUAUUUUGAAUGUAGUGGUUCUCACUUCUGUUUUCUUGCGGCCUCAUUAUCUUGGAAAAUACCCAAUUUUGUUGUUUAUCUAUUCGCCGCACGAUUACUUGGCGUUUCACCGACGCGCUAUCCUUCCAUUCGCAUUGCGCGAACACCUCAGUUAUCGGGCCUAUUCUUGACAUUGACACCACCCAAAACGCAGAAUUGCGUUUCUUCCCUAUUGAGAAAACGACAUCACAGCGAUAAUCCCUUUUAAUAAGACGCGAUACCCUCUAGGAUGUCGCGUGAACACACUCGACGCUCCGAUGCAACAUCGGCCAGUUUCACGUCCCUCGGAAACUCUAGUGUCUCAGACUUCGACCCCGAACGCGAAGCCAUAGCAUCAACUAGGCAGAUGGACAAUAAUAAUCAAGUUUCCCAGGCAAACGGUCGCGCCAGCACGCGGUAUCGUGAACCAAUUCGGGAGGAGCAAGAAUAUGCUAUCAACACUUCCGCGUUGGAAAAUGCCUUUCCAGAAUUCUCUCCAAUUCACACCUCAGAGGAAGAUGACGUCUCCAUUGAGGUCGGUCGAGGAACAACCAAAUCGGCUCGUCGAUUGGACGACUCACGGAAUGCCCUCAUGAGUAUUGAGAACAGCAUACGCUCGUCAUCGCCUGCUAUUAGACUCGACUAUCCUCUGAAUACGCCAAGAUCUGCCGUCCGUGGUGCACCGAAAAGAGCUGCUAGCGAAAACAUCCGCAAAGAUGCUCAACUUAGACGAGCAAGUCUUGCACAUAAGGAGGCUCUGGAGUCUCAGAUGUCUAGGUCAAAUCGGAAGGGCCAGCGCCGGACAUUUUCAGAUAUGCACGCCAAGGUUCGCGAGAGCUAUGAUGGUUCAUUUAUUGGCGAUGAACGGCCUCCGGCUAUUGAAGUUAGCGCCCGUCCGACGCGCUUUGCGAACGCUAAUCUUUCCGGUCAGAUUGCUGAUGCUGUUGAGAGAGCUACCCGAGAGGCGUACGCGAAAGAAACCCGCCGUGGCAAGACUCCUUCAAAUGCCCGUAGUGUGCCGGUUAAUGGCACAUAUGCAACGGAUAUGGUAGGCGAUACCGUGACACGUAAUUCAUUCCUCCUUCCUGACCUUCCCAAUCUUUCUGAACUCGUUUCCGGUGUCUACGAAGACGGAACGCCCGUUUUCUCCCGCCAAAGCAAGGCGCGGACGACGCGUUUUACGUCUCCGCCGAAUGACGGUGCUGAUUUGCCCACCCGGGAACACUUACCUCUUAACUCAAUUCCGAUCCCUGAGGAUGAGAAGGCGCUUUUUGUCUCACUGAGACUUCUCCAAGACAAAGUUGCUGAACUCGAGCUGGCCAAGUCGGAAGCGGAGAAGAAAGUCGAAGAAAUCCGACAGGAAAAUUCGACAUUAAAGUCAGCCAAAGCACGUCAGAAGGAGAAGCAGAGCCGGCCCAGGAAUUAUGACAUGGAUAACGAGGGUCACGGAAGAGAGGAUAGCAAGCUGAUGAGCGAGAAAAAAAAACUCGAGGCGGCGAAUCUCGCGUUACAAAACCAGUUAGAUAUCGCUGACCGUAAAGCCCAAGUGCACGAGAAUGCAUUCAAGCGCUUGAGCCGUGAACGGGAUAUGGCUGUGUCUCAAUUGGGCGUUGCAUACAUCGAGUCUCAAGAUCUCAAAACGGAAAACGAAGAUCUACGACGGGAGAUUGCAGAGCUCAGGGAUCGGCUGGCUAAGCUUUCCUCCCAAAAGAGCCCCGCGGAGGAUACUAUCAGAACCUCCACGACUUAUGAGGCGGAUGAUGAGUCCCAACAGAGUGCAGAUUCGAGCGGGAAUACGAAAGACUUGACAUCACGGAGUACGCGGUCUCGGUCUAAAUCUAGACACCGGGAAGACACCCAAACAAGACUCUCAAUGCAAGUUGAUAAGGAAGUUGCCAGACUGCAAAGAGAAAGGGCGGAGGAAGCACUCUUCACUCUUGACCUACCGAAAUCCCGUCGCGCCCCAGUGCCGGAAAGGAAGCAUAGCCGAUCCAAAAUGGAUACAGGCAGUGCAAAGAAACAGCCGAACACAGGGAAACAACGGGUCAAGAAGGUGAUAGUUGAGGAAGUUGAUGAUACUACCCAAGAUGUUGCUGAGAACACUAGACGAUCCUCCGGUGCAGACCAGGAAGACUUCACAAUGUUGAGUUUCAUGGACGCCCGUGAAAUUGCCAAGCUUCGAAAGACCCUAGAGGAAGAGAGGCUGGCACGAAAACAGCAACAGUCUUAUGCAGCUGAUAACAAUCUUGCGAACGAAACUGCUGAUACCACGCGCCGGGGCAUAUCGUCCAAACCCGCUGCGCCACGGAAGUCAUCGUUGAAAGGUGCUAAAGUAACUAUAGUACGACCCGCGUCCGCAUCUGGAGAUUUGACUACUACUAGCAAAGCAGGCGUGGAUGAAGAGGUCUUUAAUCCCCCUAUGACUGCUCCUCGUCAGCGUCGUCAUUCAGAUCAUUCAGUGAAUUCAGCUUCUCAACGCAGGCAACGCCGACAUAUUGAAGACAUGACAUCUGCCUUCAUCAUUCCGGAUAUCACGAUUCGCCAUGCCGACCUGGUGAUGGAUAACCCAAUGAAACUACCCGAGCCAACGCAACAGGCUCUGGACAGUGUAUCCGGACACAAUGGAAAGAAUUGCACUAUUUGCAAACAUCUCGUCUCCUGUGAUCACGCCCGAGACACGGUGAAAAUUCCUAAGCCUGUUCCUGUUUCGGAGCGCAUGCCAGAAGCCUCCGUGUAUAAUGAGGAGCCUACACUACGACCAUCCCAACCGCCGGCGCUUGCGCUUGCAACGGUUCUCAAGGCCCUGGAAGAUGAACUUGCCCACCUACGGAUGAAACUGGCAGCUCAUCAAUCUGCUUAUAACAAGCUUGACGCUUCCUUGAGUAAGCGGCAGAGGAAAUCACUGCACGAGAAGAUUGAAAGGCUAUUGAAGGAUAUCGAUAUGAAAGCCGACCAAAUUUAUGCACUCUAUGACGUUGUCGAAGAGCACAAGCAGGAUAUUGAUCGGAUGACUGAACGCGAAAUGGAAUUGACGCUCGAGUCGAUUGGUAUUGAUGUCUCUAAAACGAGAGCGGCGGAUGUAACUGGGACCACUAAUCGAUCAUCCCGCAAGAAUACUCAGACUGAUUACGAUGAGGACGACGAUGACGAUGAGCUUCCAUGGGAGGGAUUUGAGAGUACUGGAGAUGUGACCGGAGAAAGUCGCCGUGGCUAACUUUCCCAAAGUGCGGACAACAGGGCUCCUUGUGUUUUCAUUCUCCAGGGUCCAUGAUUUAUAGCUUUUGUGGGUACACUGGUUGUUGCAUUUGCUCAAGUGUAUUACCUUCCCUCUCUCGAAAGCCUCGACUGAAUUCUAAGCCUUCGGCCUUCUUUAUUCCCUAUCAAUUGCGUUGGUUUUCGUUACACCUUUACGCAGCCUAACUGUUGUAUGCCCCUCUUCUUGUGUUAUUUGCUUUUGAGUGUUUUAGCUAUCGGGAACUAGUAUAUUGCUUUCCUGUCUUGCUGUAUUCUUCCAAUUUGCUGAUUUAUCACUACGGAGUUGGCCUACACUCAUCUUUGGUUGUUUCCCAAUACUACUUGGGCUCUUUGUUUUAUUCUGUCAGGCUGUAUUGGGCAUCUGGGUAAACUGUUAUCGUUGUGCAUUGAUUUCAGCGUUUAUUAAAUAAUUCUAAGGCUGUCUCUGAUUGUGUUGAUUGAUAAAAAUGCGUAAGGUACAUUUCUAUUCUGUAGAUUA